GAUUCGGAAUCACUCGGCAGGAAUCGGAACUGCGCGCGCAGCAUGAUGUCAAACCGCGUUUCCGCGGAGCACUGUGGGUAAGAGUCUCUCUCUCCGGUCAAAAUGUCUGACAUGGAAGAUGAUUUCAUGUGCGAUGAUGAGGAGGAUUAUGACUUGGAAUAUUCCGAGGACAGCAACUCUGAACCCAACGUUGAUUUGGAGAAUCAGUACUACAACUCCAAAGCCCUGAAAGAAGAUGAUCCUAAAGCAGCCCUGAGCAGCUUUCAGAAGGUGCUGGAGCUGGAGGGCGAGAAAGGAGAAUGGGGCUUCAAAGCACUGAAACAGAUGAUUAAGAUCAACUUCAAGCUUACAAAUUUCCCAGAAAUGAUGAACCGGUACAAACAGCUUUUGACGUAUAUUAGGAGUGCCGUCACCAGAAAUUACUCGGAGAAAUCCAUCAACUCUAUUCUAGAUUACAUCUCAACCUCCAAACAGAUGGACUUGCUACAAGAGUUUUAUGAGACCACACUGGAAGCAUUAAAAGAUGCCAAAAACGACAGACUUUGGUUUAAGACUAACACCAAGCUGGGAAAGUUGUACCUGGAAAGAGAAGAGUUCGCAAAGCUCCAGAAAAUCCUCAGGCAGUUGCAUCAGUCAUGUCAGACGGAUGACGGAGAGGACGACUUGAAGAAGGGCACUCAGCUGCUGGAGAUCUAUGCUUUGGAGAUUCAGAUGUAUACGGCACAGAAAAACAACAAGAAACUCAAAGCCCUGUAUGAGCAGUCAUUACACAUUAAAUCAGCCAUCCCACAUCCGCUCAUCAUGGGAGUCAUCAGAGAAUGUGGCGGUAAAAUGCACCUGAGGGAGGGAGAGUUCGAGAAGGCACAUACAGACUUUUUCGAGGCUUUCAAAAACUAUGACGAGUCUGGAAGCCCCAGGCGAACCACUUGCCUGAAGUACCUGGUCUUGGCCAAUAUGCUGAUGAAGUCCGGAAUCAAUCCGUUUGAUUCUCAAGAGGCGAAACCUUACAAAAAUGAUCCAGAAAUUCUAGCGAUGACAAACCUGGUAAGUGCCUACCAGAACAAUGACAUCACAGAAUUUGAGAAAAUCCUAAAGACGAAUCACAGCAACAUAAUGGACGACCCCUUCAUCAGAGAACAUAUUAAAAAUUAAUUGUUACGGAACAUAAGAACACAAGUGCUCAUCAAAUUGAUUAAGCCUUACACUAGGAUACACAUACCAUUUAUUUCAAAGGAAUUGAAUAUUGAUGUUGCAGAUGUGGAAAGCUUGCUUGUGCAGUGUAUUUUAGACAACACAAUCGAUGGUAGGAUUGAUCAAGUCAAUCAGCUGUUGGAGCUCGAUCACCAGAAAAGAGGCGGAGCCCGAUACACCGCCCUGGACAAAUGGACCAAUCAGCUGAACACUCUCAACCAGGCCAUCGUUAGCAAACUGGCUUGAUUUGACACUGACGAUCCUGCAAAACAAAUCGACCCAUCGGACAGCCGGUCGACUCGAGGCUGUCAGUGACAUUAACUACUUUCAAGCCCUUCACUCCCCCGGUCACAGAAGCGGGAGCUUAAUUUGGCAAGUUUGUAUUUUUACAGUCACUUAAGUCAGUUUUCAAUGUCCUCAACAGAGCAGAAGUUCCCACAGGGUGUGUGCUGUACUGAAUUGUUAUAGGUCUCUAAUAUGAACAUGUUUGCAUCAUCUAAAAAAAAAAAUGUUUCUUUAAUAGCACAUGUUGGCACUUGGCAGACGUCUAAAAGGCAUAUGUUUGUCUUUAAUGGAACGCGUGAGGACAUGCUGUGUGAAAUUGAAUCAUUUAUUUGUUGAACUGUCUCUUGUCAGAGUCAGCAUGUUUGCAUAGACCUCAGCUGAUGAGUCUUGUGCAGUUGCACCGCAGCACAUGCGUAUUAAAAGUGUAAGAAUUCCUCUCACCAAAUAUUACAGAUCUGUUGAAAGCAUUCUGCUGUCUGAGCUCUUCUGUUUCACUUUUCAACCACAAAAAUAAACUUGCUUCAGCGGAAAA